UAAUUUCCGGUAAACUGUUGACAUUAGUGACAAAAUGGCGGUAAAAAUGCUGGAUCUAACUAAACAAGCAGAAAAAUGCACGUUCAAUCAAUCUACCUCAGAAGAAAUGACAUUUGCUGAAACAUUUUGGCAUUCAGUGAGACUUCAACCAACAAUGGAGUCACGCCUCGUAUCUUCUGAUAUCAAACAAAGAUUGGGAAUAAAAAAACAUACUUCAAAAUCAAGCAUUGAAACAGCACAGAAAGAAUCAAAACAAGAUGAUAAACUUAGAGCCUUAUUUGUCAGAGCCCAUGCUUUAGAUCAGAUAGCUCAUUACACUAGACUGCAGAGGUUAGCUGAAGCCAGAAUCAAAGAGUUAGAAGUCAUGAAGAGAAGAAAAGAGGAAAGGUUAAAGAAGGAGGAGAUUUCAAAAGUGAAAUGUGCACCUCAGGAGACAAAAGCUGUAAAAGAAAAAGCCAAUAGAAAAAUUGGAGAAGCUUACAGUAUUAAAGAAUUGAUUCAAGAACUAGAUGAGUUUGACGAGAGAAUCCAGAUUGAAGAACAGAAACGCAAAGAAGCUAGACAAAAUUUAAUAUCAAAGAUAGGAAACAUCCACUAAAAAGUAGAAAAAGACUAUGGUACAUGUUCUUUCAAAAGGUUUAGUUGGGAUACUCUUUUUUCUGCGAUGAUUGUCUAUGAAAUGGUGUCAAGCUGAUUUCUUGUCUUCAGCAAAAAUAUAUGUCAAUAAGAUCAUAACAUUAGAGUUUAAAUAGUUGUGAUUGAAUUAUAGUAUUACAAUGAAAUUAAAUGUUAACUAGAGAUUACCUUUUAUUUUCUGACAAUAUUUAAAAAAACAACUCAUAUAGUUCACACAUUUUCUUGAAAUUAUAGGCUUCUAUAAAAUCUAAUUACGAAUUGCUUUUUUUUUUUUUUAACCAAUUAAUUUACAAUUCAGAUAUUUUUUUUAUAAGACAUCAUACCUCUAAAUCAUUUAUUAAUAUAUGGGUCUAAUUGACCUCAAAGUGAUACAAUUUAUGCCAGAUAAUUUCAGUGUUAAAAAAUGUAUUUUUUAAAAUACUUUUUUUUUUAAUUAGAGGAUUUACUUGGUACUUUACUUUGUGGUUUUGUUUGUUUGGAGUUCAUGCCCCUGCUUGAAUCUUGUCAGCAUUGCUUUCAAUUUUCUUCAUCAUUUUGUUAAUGUUCUGGUAGAUCUUUUUCUUUGCUGCUUUUUCAUCUCUCUCUUAAAUUUUUAAAUGCUCUAAGCUUUUAAAAAAAAAAUUUGAUAUAUUCAGUUAAAUCUGUGGGCCAUCAACUUAAUUAGAGAAAUAUAAAAUAAUUAACUUAUUGUUAUUACAAAGACUUUGUCUAAUUAAAUGUAGAAACUAAGGCGCCCCUCAAAACACUAUUGUAGCAGUUUCAUUUAAAUCUGGAAAUGUGUCAUUGAGUUGACUUGAAAUUGUUUCACUAAAAACUUAUAAAUCUGUAUUUUAUUCUUUUGUUAAUGAUUGCUACUAGCUAAUUUUGACAGUUGCCAGCUAGUUUGUAGUCUUUAUUACUGCAUGUAAAAAAACAAAGUAUAUUAAUAUCAAUAAAAUUGCAAUGCAAUGGCUGUUCGCAAGAAAAAUGUGUACA